UCAGAAGUCAUAAACAAUCGUUGCCCGAAGCGUCCCUCUCGUUCACCACCUCAACAGGUGACCACUUUCUCCGUGCAGCGCCUGUGUUACAACGAAUGGAAACUCGGAUAUCGUCGAGAACAUGUUAGAAUCUCCAUCGACGGGGACUCCGUAUUCGCCCGAAACGCGCGGCAGCCGGUGGUUCGUGAAAUCGCGGACUCGUUGACUACAUCGGCGAGCCAUGUCUUCGUCAUCGGACCGACGGGAAGAUCGCCGAAACUGCCGACUCGAGCGUAGUGUAUUAGGCCUACCGCUGUUGCUGUGAAACCGAAGGGAUAUCCCCCCUCUUGCCGAACGCCUGCACUGCCGGCACCACAACGCUAGGAACGGCACAGAGCUGUUUGCCGUGCUUCGCGUCCUUACGUAAAGGACAGCCUGUGGUUUCGCCGUUAAUUGUUUUUAACACCACUGUGCUUCGUUCCGCGGCUCCUUUGGUGGGGCCCGGUGAAUCUACCGACGGAGUCCCCCAUGAACCGAGCGCUCGUCAUGCCUGCCAAAGUGUCCCGCAAAGUUGCCACCAUGAUCAUCCGAAGCCGAAAGUCCAUCAUGAAGGACGGCUUCAUCACGUCGGGGUUCGGCGAGCCGAGUGUCUACCAUGCAGUGGUGGUCAUCUUCCUCGAGUUCUUUGCCUGGGGCCUCCUGACCACGCCCAUGAUCACGGUUUUAAAUGAAACAUUCCCAAAUCACACCUUCCUUAUGAAUGGCCUCAUUAUGGGAAUCAAGGGCUUCCUGUCGUUCCUGAGCGCUCCCCUGGUAGGUGCCCUGUCAGACGUCUGGGGCCGCAAGUUCUUCCUGCUGGUCACCGUGUUCUUCACGUGCGCGCCCAUCCCGCUGAUGCGCAUCAACACCUGGUGGUAUUUCGCCAUGAUCUCCAUGUCGGGCGUGUUUGCGGUCACCUUCUCGGUGGUGUUUGCCUAUGUGGCCGACGUGACGGACGAGCAGGACCGCAGUGCGGCAUACGGCCUCGUCUCGGCCACCUUCGCCGCCAGCCUCGUGACAAGCCCCGCACUGGGCGCCUAUCUGGCGCGCCAGUACUCGGACGCUCUGGUGGCGGCUCUGGCGUCGGCCAUCGCGCUGCUGGACGUGCUGUUCAUCCUGGUUGCGGUGCCAGAGAGCCUGCCCGAGAAGCUAAGGCCCGUGGGCUCGUGGAGUUCGCCGAUCUCUUGGGAACAGGCUGACCCUUUCUCGGCACUGCGCAAGGUGGGCAAGGACCCAAUGAUCCUGAUGCUGUGCGUCACAGUCUUCCUGUCGUACCUGCCCGAGGCCGGCCAGUACUCCUGCUUCUUCGUCUACCUCCGCCUGCUGAUGGGAUUCUCGGCCGAGGAAGUUGCCCUGUUCAUCGCCGUCGUCGGCCUCCUCUCCGUCAUUGCACAGACAAUGGUGCUGACGCUGCUGAUGAAGACGGUGGGCAGCAAGCACACAAUCAUGGUGGGGCUGCUCUUCGAGAUGCUGCAGCUCGUGUGGUACGGAUUCGGCUCACAACGCUGGAUGAUGUGGUCAGCUGGUGGCCUAGCUGCCGUGGCAAGCAUCACCUAUCCAGCCAUCAGUUCCUUUGUCUCGACACAUGCCGAGGCGGACAAGCAAGGCCUGGUGCAAGGCAUGAUCACGGGCAUGCGUGGGCUCUGCAACGGUCUGGGGCCUGCCGUGUUUGGCUUCAUCUUCUACCUCUUCCACGUAGACCUCAACGAGGCACCGCCCAUGACUGCCCCGCCCCUUUCCAAUGGAUCUGUGGUGCCCAAUGAGCUUAGGUUUAUUCCUGGACCACCCUUUGUUUUCGGUGCCCUGCUGGUGAUGCUGGCAUUGCUGGUGGCGGCAUUCAUCCCCGAUAACACGGGACCCGCUGCCGCAUCAAUGUCCGCUUCUGCGGCCAGUGGCUCGUCACGCAGCGUGGGCAGCUCGCGGACAACGCACCAGGCCGUCCGUGUCGGGGGCUUGGAGCUCUUCCACCACGACGUCGUUCACAAGCGUAGCAGCGACUGUGGAACGUUGCCGUUGAUGCACGACACAGACCCGUUAUAGUCGGUCAUUGCCACUACGGGGGCCGGAAACGACGUUGCCGAACUGUGACCGACAGGGGCUGUUGGUUGUGACCGUCACCGGCGCGGUUUGGGGACCACUGUUUCAUCACGCUUGCGUUAUCAGAGCUACACCUGCGUCGCUUGCACACUCGUCGCCUGCAGUUCACCGUUUCGUUCGGGCAUGAUGCCGUCGUGUCAAGUGUUGCGGUUGCUCCGAUCGUUGCCGCUACGUAUGCCUCCGGUGUGAAAGUCCCGUCGCGUCGUGUGACGGGUGGGGAAAAGCCAAUUGCAGCGACGAUGACCACAGCCUCCCCGAUCUCUCUACCUGGCCAUGUGCGAUGCAGCUGUAUUGAACGAUGACACUGCCUACUGUUGUAAGUGGAAAAAAUAUUUGGUCGCACCGCUACACCAUUGGUACUGCAACGGGCAUCACUGCCUCACCUCGUGCUGGCAUCGAAAUGCUGCACAAGAUAAUGCACAAAAAAAAGUGAUAUGGUGGUUGCUUCGUUAUCGCAACGUUCGAUGACUUCCGGGGAGAGGCGUGACCACGCGUGUUUGAUCAAAGCAUCCUCUCCCUUCUACGAUGGGCUAGCUACGUCACGACCACGGAAUGUGUGCAGCUCCCUUGGGCAUUUAGCACCCUGCUGGACUGGCCGUUGAUAUCGGCAAUGCCACCGCCUUGAACAGUUGCCUCAACGACUGAGCGUUGUUUCUUUUUCGUGAGAGUGGAUCACGUGUGGGUGUACGUGUCUCCAGGACUAGAGUGUAGGCUCGUCCACUGCCCGACACCGGUGCCACCAAUCGGACAUUCUGUGGAUUAUAUCCACGACGAGAGGAUGGCUCUUGCUGCACUAGGUCGCACCCGCGCAAGAUGUCGCAUUUCGGUGCGCGGAUGAAAACCGGCCCCGUCACUGAAUUUUCGAACCGAAGUAGCAUCACCGGAUGCCUUAGCUGACCUCGUGUCUAUAGAAUACUGUUCCGAAAUCUCCAAUGACACUGUCACCUUUAAAAGAAUACUGUCUGAUUUCUUUUUUUUUAACUUUAUCAUUCUCAGCUUGUUUUUUACAAGCUGUUUCUAACAAGGGCGUGAAAAGCUAGUGGUCGUGUCUUUAUGUCUGUACUGAUUAGCGCAAGAACAAACCGGUAAGAAGACUUACCUCUGAAGGACGCGUGACUUGUGUUUUGUUGGAUGUUUGGCGGGGAUUACGAUUUCUACGGAGGGUGCAAUGUUUGUUGGGAGCACAAACAGUAUUGUUGUCUUCUCUCCAUUCUAUUUCUUCCACAGAUCUUAUAGGAUAUAUUUAGUCCUUCUUGCCUUUAUUGUCAUUUGCAUUGGAGUGCAACGUGUGCAGGGUUUUCUUGUGGCAUUUCUACACUUUGCAGUUGCAUGCCAUCUUCUCCGUAGUUGACGUAAGCGGUGUCGGUUUCUUUAUGGGAUGUCCUUGGUAUCUUAUUGGUACGAGAGCGAAUGAAUGGGGAGAGAAUAUGCCUUCUGUGUUUCUAAGCUGGAAAUAGGCGCGCAUUGUUGGCAUCUCAACUGGGGUCAUGACAUUCGUUGUUACUGAAAUGUUCAUUUUUACCUCUUUUCCUUCAUCGGAUGGCAUUGCUGUCUAGCUAAACCAGCUCCACGUGACAACUGCAUUUGCUAGUCAAGAGAGGUGCACCUCAGGAAUGUGGCAGAAUGUUUUCAUGUGGUCAUUGCCUUCGGAAACUGUCAUUCUGAGCUCUUUUUGUUUUUUUUGUAACACAUUGUCACUGUCUUUUUUUUCUCUCUCUAUUUUUCUUCAUGCCUACAUUGCGUGCCAUGUCGCACUUGGGAAGGCGGCAUGCGUUUCCGGUGAGACACGCUUGGCAGCGGCUAGUCUGCGAUGCAUUGGUCGGGACCGAGAGUAGCCGUGCGUGAAGUCUUGUCCCGCAGUUCUUCACCGUAUUUGUUUUCCCAUUUUUUUCUGCUUGGUGCCACCUGUACAAAAGUUUGGCGACGACACUGCCUGCGCUUUCGGUGGUCGAACCACUGUCUGUGUGAGAAAUGUGUGUGCCACGUGUUGAAUUAUUUACCCUGCCGGACUCGUAUAAAAAAUGUUGCUCUCAGCUUUGCGAAUGUGACGGGCACCGCCCGUCCGCGAGGUUUGUUGAGCGACGGUGGCCGACAAUUUGCCGAGAAGUUUUGCCAUGCUGCACGCCGUCUUCAAACCACCGACCGUACUGCACUGCUCGUUCGUGGGGCACCGAAGGUGCCCAGCACACAUUCUCUUUUUUGCUGUCUUUUUAUUGGAAAGGCUGGGCACUGCCACUUCAGUGGACUUCAACAAUGCCAUUGCAGCAAAACCUGACGGUUGUUUCACUGCUCAGGGGCAUUUGUUACAGUUGUCGUUUUUUUUUUUCUUUUCACCGUACUGUAGCUUGUGUCGCACCGGGGCAACCAACAGUGUGCUGUGUACCGCGUCUGUUACGUUCAGUUCUGCUUUGAGGGAUGUGUCUCGUCGGUGAUUGGAUGUGAAACCAAAGACAUGAAGAAUGCAGUUUCGGUUUUGAAUGCUGUUGUGCUCUGGCGUCGUCCUGAAUUAUGCACUGGUGUGGUGGCUUCUCAAGUUUUUUCGUUGCGAUCUGUUAAGCAGGCACUUGUCACUUUGGCCAUUUAAAAGAUUAUGGCAUGGCUGUAUGCAUUGGAUGUACAGGAGUGUAAUAAAAUAAAUUUACAGUGGAAGUA